AUGGCUUAUGAAAUCACUGAUUACGAUCGAGAGAAAGAAAAAAUACGGGAUUUUCUAACCACAUUUUAUCAUGAAGCUGAUGAUGCGAAAAUAUUUCCAUACGAUAAACAAAUUAUUCGCCUUGCGGAACGUGAACAGGUUGAACUAUUUAUCAACAUGGAUGAUGUAAAUGAGUACGAUCCUGCGCUUUACAUUGCUAUUCAGCAGAACGCUCGACGUUAUCAUAUGCUUUUUGGUGAUGUAAUCGAUUCUUUAAUCCAGCAAAAAUUGGGAGAGAGACAACCACCUGUUCGGGAUGCCUUGGACGCUUUCAUAUUUCAACGUGUCUAUUUGGAUAAAAAGCAAAAUGAAGAUGGUGGUGGAAUAGAUCAAAUCCAAGACUUGCGCAGAAAAUAUCCACCUCAGUUGCUUCGUCGAUUCGAAGUAUUUUUCAAGGGAAGCUCUAUGAGUAAAGCUUUGGCAAUACGUGAAGUAAAGGCAGCUCACAUCGGCAAAUUGGUUGUUAUAAGUGGCAUUGUUAUCCGAUCGACAGAAGUGAAACCAAUGGCUUCUGUCAUGACCUAUACUUGUGACACUUGUGGUUGUGAAACCUAUCAACCG